AUGUCUCAAACAGCAACCGAACGACUCCCUUCCCUCCUCGCGGAAAUCACACCAGAGUGGCUGGGCUCGAAACUCGGACACAGGAUCAAAUCCGUCGAGAACACGAGGAACAUCUGGGGCACGGGCAGCAAGCUCUUCUUCACCAUCACCUACGAGGACGAGAGCGAUGAUGAGAGGCCGUCGCACGUCUGCAUCAAGGGCGUCUUCCAGCCCGAGAUGAUCGAGGCGCAGCCCUGGACCGUCAGCCUGGCCCAGCGCGAGGCCGACUUCUUCUCCAGGAUCGCGCCCACCGUGAAGGACACCAUGACGUUCCCCAAGGGCUGGUGGAGCGGGACGGACGAGAAGCAGGGCAUCGCGGUCAUGAGCGACCUCGUCGAGCAGGGGUGCACGUUUCCCGGCGAGACGGAUUCGUAUCCGGUCGAGAAGGCGAUGAACGGCGUGGAACAGCUGGCGGGGUUGCACGCGCAGUAUUGGGGCCAGAGCCAGGAGGACCAUCCAUGGAUCUGGAACAACUACGACCCGGCAAUGACAUUCAUGUGCAGGCCCUGGGACGAAAUCGUCCGCGGCCCGAACCGGCCCCCUCUCCCCGCGUACCUCAUGGACGGCAAACGCUGCAACGAGGCCCUGGACCGCUACUACGCCGAGCGCAACCCGCGCUUCCGCACCCUCCUCCACGGCGACACGCACAUCGGCAACGUCUACAUCACAGCCGACGGCCGCCUCGGCUUCCUCGACUGGUCCGCCUUCCACUUCGGCUCCUGCUUCCAUGACAUCGUCUACCUCGUGACGGCGAUGCUGAGCGUCGAGGACCGCCGCGCGCACGAGAUGGAGAUCCUGGACCACUACCUCGCGGCGCUGCACCGGCUCGGCGGGCCCAAGUUCGACCGGCACAACGACCCCGAGGUGAUGAUCGAGUAUCGGCGGUCGUUUAUGACGAACGUGAUUUGGAUUAUCUGUCCGUACGCGCUGCAGACGCCGGAGCGGGUGAAGGCGCUGUGUGAGAGGGCUGUGGCGGCGUAUGAUGAUCACAAGGUCAUUGAUGUUAUUCUCGGGCAGCCUAAGCCUGCUGGUGUUUGA